AUGCGUGAUGUGGAGUUUGAACAUCUGUUGACGAAAUUGCGUUUGCUUCGCUCCCAUUUCACCAAGGAACAGCUGCAAACCCCAUUAUUGCAUUUUUUUAAACACAACUAUCAAAACCUGUCUAUUGUAACAAAUGGAGAAAAUGGAAUGAGGGAAGUCCAAUGGCUUGAAAAAGACGGAAAUGUGUCCAUCAAUGAUGGAAUAGAUUUAUAUGGGACUUUUUUCGUCGAUUGUCCAUGGCUUAUUCUGGUUUCAGAGGAGCCAUAUAAUUCUCUGAUGCUAGGGAAGCAAGAUACUCUCCAAACUCUUGGGGUUAAUAGCCAAGGGCUGUCCAUUGGGAUGACACCCAAAACGGUAAGGUUCCCAAAGCCUGGGGAGAUGCUCGUAUCUGUCCAUGGCUCGCCUCUUGGUGUUUACAGGGAAGACAACAUGGAAGCAAUACAUGGUAUGAAUUCCUUUUUCUAA